AUGGCUCUGUUAACACUAUUAGACCGCGACGACCAGGACCGUUACGAGGACACACGAGACCCGUGCAAUAUGUGGGAUGCCGUCCUGCCCGUCUUUGCCCUGUUUCACGAGUGGAUGCAUGCGUUUAGGUAUUUUAGCAUUGAUUAUCCCUAUCCUGACAAUGAGCACACGGCGGGUUGGCAGAAUGCCAUGAGGCUGGAUAUGCAGUCGGCUUUGAGGAAUGCGGAGUCCAUUAUUGGGACUCAUGGCUUCGCUCGCGCUGAUCUGACGCCUUCGCUUGGUGGGAUCGCUGCUGCUGGGGGUGAGUGCGCGGGCUACACUCUUGACUGGGCGUGGGCGCAGCGGCUGAACGAUCAGAAGUGGCAGGCGAAGGUUCCGGAUGCUGUGGAGGAGGGCGGUGUUUGGACGAACCCGGUGAUGGCGGGGGAGUUGUCGGUUUAUUGUGAUAUCACGGGGACGAGGCGGACGAGGGGUUACGAGUAG